AUGGCUAUGACGGGCGAUGUUUGUGCUUGUCUCGCGCAGCACAAAAACACGUUACUGCGCGAAUUAUGUGAUACAAAUGUUUUAGAUGUGCUUGUGAAAAAGGGUUUGUUUAGCGUAAGCGAUUUGGAAGUGAUAACGAGCGCUGUUGGCAACGACAAAUGCAAUUAUUUUAUAGAAGUUGUUAGUAAACAAAGCGGUGUGAAGUUACAAGAGUUGUGUACUGUGUUGAACAAUGAAUGUCCCAAACUUGCUAAGGAACUUAUGAACGAUCGCCGGAAGUAUGUCAUAAAUGGAUACUCCGCAGCAAACGGCAAAGACAACAUGGUGAUGAAUCUGAAUUUGAACAGAGAAUCUCCCCGCUCCCGCCGCUCGGUAUCGCAAUGCUCCUGCAACAGCAUAUCACGCCGGUCCUCCGCUGCCGCGUCCCCGGUGGCGCUGCCGCCGCUCAACAACACCAUGGAGAUGUAUGUGGAGCCCGUGGUUGAGGAUACGGCAGAACGUAAUUCCGGCUGGGAAACACACAGGGUGCGCUUAAACAGAGUGCCAAGUUAUGGGUUCGGUAUCGCGGUGUCGGGGGGUCGGGAUAACCCCCAUUUCGCAAGCGGCGACCCCUCCAUCGCCGUGUCUGAUGUUCUGAGGGGGGGACCCGCGGAAGACAAAUUACAAGUAAACGACAGAAUAGUAUCCGUGAACGGGGUACCACUAGAAAACGUUGAAUACGCGAGAGCAGUGCAAGUGUUAAGGGAAUCAGGGGCCACAGUGUCGCUGGUUGUGAGACGCCGGGCCCCCGCGCCACCCCCUACCGCACCAACGACCAUAAAGCUCGCUCUGUCUAGGAACGGGAAAAAGGAAGAUUUCGGUAUAGUACUAGGAUGCAAAAUAUACGUCAAAGAAUUGACAAUGCGCGCGAGAGAACAAUUAAACCAAGCAGGGCAGGGCCUCUGUGAGGGAGACGUGAUAUCUCGUAUAAAUAAUACACCAGUGACUGACGCAAUGACGCUAAAGGAAGCGAAAAAGUUAAUAGACUCGUGUAAAGAUCGCUUGAAUUUGGUGGUCACGAGGGAACUAAUUAGAGAAGAAACAGUCAGUAAUGGAAACUAUCAGAAUAAUUACAGUAGUUUAGAAGCCACACCAAUAAACUCAUACCCGAAUAAUAGUGGGGAAUCGUUAUCCUCUCCAUACUCCAGCAGUGGCCAGAACUUGUACGUAGCAGCCCCUGUGCGAGGUGCUGAGAAUAAUAGACGUGGUCCUAUGUCAUUGGAAGGUCAUGAUCAACCACCACGGCCACCACCUCCUAGAAAUGAUGAUUAUUAUAGCAGUCGAAGGCAGUUGUACGAAGAAGAUGGCAUGACCAAUCAAAGGAAUAAACCACCAAGCGAGCCGCGUCUAAUAAGCUUCCAGAAGGAGGGGUCAGUGGGUUUACGGCUAUGUGGUGGAAAUCGUUCAGGCGUGUUUGUAUCGGGCGUGCAACCCGCCAGUCCUGCUGCAUUGCAGGGACUUACUCCUGCUGAUAAGAUACUGAAGGUAAACGACAUGGAAAUGAAAGGAGUAACAAGAGAAGAAGCAGUGCUGUUCCUACUGAGUUUGCAAGAAAGAAUCGAUCUCAUCGUACAACACUCGCCUGAAGAAUACAACGCAGUGGUUAGCGGACAAAUGCCGGGCGACUCAUUCCACAUAAAGACGCACUUCCACUACACGGAGCCAACGGACGGCGAGAUGUCAUUCCGCUGCGGUGAUGUUUUCCACGUGGUGGAUACGCUGCAUAACGGUACCGUGGGCGCGUGGCAGGUGUUCCGGAUAGGACGCAACAACCAAGAGGUCCAAAAAGGCACUAUACCCAACAAAGCUCGCGCAGAGGAACUAGCUACAGCUCAAUUUAACGCCACUAAAAAGGAAAUGUCAGGAAACGAUGGGAAACAUAACUUCUUUAGGAGGAGAAGAUCUACACACCGUAGGAGUAAGAGUUUAGGAAAGGAACACUGGGACGAGGUAGUGCUAUCAGACAGUAUAAGCAAGUUCCCGGCAUAUGAGCGAGUAGUGCUCAAGCAACCUGGCUUUGUCCGUCCUGUGAUUAUUCUGGGGGCAGCAGCUGAUAUAGCUAGGGAACGACUGCUCAGUGAAAAUCCGGAUAAAUUCGCUUCUCCUAAAAUGGACAACACCCUAGAGGACAAUAAGACAAAAUCGUCCGGCAUCAUUCGUUUAUCCAGCAUCCGAGCCAUCAUGGAGAGGGGGAAACAUGCUUUAUUAGAUAUCACACCAAAUGCCGUGGACAGACUUAACUAUGCGCAGUUUUAUCCAAUUGUUAUAUUCUUGAAAGCGGAUAAUAAGCAUAUUAUUAAGUCUCUGAGAUCUGGAUUGCCGAAAUCAGCGCACAAAUCAUCAAAGAAGCUGCUAGAACAGUGCCAGCACAUGGAGCGCGUGUGGGGCCACGUGUUCACGCACACGAUCGCGCUGAGCGACGCGAGCGCGGCCACGUGGUACCACAAGCUGUGCGACCUGCUGCACCGCACGCAGCAGCAGCAGCUCUGGGUGUCCGAGACUAAGCGCCCGGAGCCGUUGUCAGACGACUUCUUAUUCUCAAUGUCGUCGAGCACAGAGAAUAGAUUGUCGUACGCGUCUAGUCCUGAGAGCGAUUUGGAAGUGAGUCCUCCGGCGCCGAGACUCGUGAAGUCUUCUUCAGACCCGUCUAUAGCGACCACACAAGAUAAUAUGGACCGGGAUGAAGACAUUAAUCAUAUGGCAGACGCCGUUCCACCGCCUUAUACGCAAAGUGGCUAUGACAGUAAAUACGGGUUCGCAUCCAACACCAACGGAACAACGAACGGCAACCACAACUUGCCGCCCGCGAGCGAUGUGCCGUACCCGGGCAACCCGAUGUCGCAGUCACCGCCACACUCCCCCUUGUAUGGGACUGUCCCGGAGCUGCCCCCGCGGCAGACGGGCGCGGCGGUGCGGCCGGCGGGCGGCGUGCUGCUCCCCGCGCCGCCCUCGCGCCCGCCGCUCCGACACAACCCCAACGGCCGUCCAAGUGCCCAAGAGCGUCUUUUCGGUCCCAAAGACAGCAAUGGCGAAGAAACAGCGACCUACACUGCAAGGCCAACUAGUAUGGUCAUACAGCCUACACAGGGCUCUCUGGACAGGCAUAGACAACAGCAAACCUCAUACGACGGCACAUCAUACGACUACAGCGCGAACCAAAACAACAGUAUGGGGACUUGUCGACUGCCGCCCAAUGCACCUGACGAUCUUAAAGUUGCGCCUUCCAUCAAAAUGGAGCCCCCACCACCACCGAACCCGACCGCAAUGGCCACUCAGAGUCCACAAAGGAAUUCCAACUCGCACGAACACAACUCCUUAGAUUACCGUCCACCUGAUAAUACUUAUAGUAGGGGUGGGGCGGAGGGCUACCGGCGCACUGCGCACGCGCGCGGGCCCUCGCUGCCCAACGUCGCUACUAACGACCAUAACAAUUACAGCGGGCGUAACAACUCAGUGGGCGGGGCGGACUACGCGCGCGCGCCGCCGUACAAGCCGGUGCCGCCGCCCAAACCCAAGCACUACCGCCCGCCCGAUGCACAUGCCAAUAGGAAUGGGACAAUAGACCCCGCCAUGAGCAUGCCCCGUGCCCCGGGCGCCCCCCCACACUACUCGCACACACACUCGCACUCGCAGCCCGCGCACCCGCCGCAUCCCGGACAUCCUCAUCCCGGACAGGGUAUGUACGGUGGGCAGGCGCACGCGCAGGCGCCCUACCCGCACCGCGCCAUCAACCUGCCGCACAACCCCCACCUCAUCGAUUUAGCCGGCAGUCGAGAGCAACGGGGAUCAGCAUUUGAACUCUAUAGGAAGCCACAACACAUGCACAAUCUGAGCUCAUCCGAUGCCAUGAACUCCAGUGUGGAGCCGGACGAAACAUUCUCGCCAAAAACUAAAAAGAAAUUAUCCAAAAAGCCGUCGUUCAUAAAAAAUGCCGUCCUCGAUUUAUUCCGUUCGAAAACGAAACAGAAAGUGUCUCGACAGAAGUCACUGUGUGAAAGUGACUUGCAGCAGAGACAGAUGCCCAUGUUGAGACGAGAGAAGUCAGAUUUAACCGAUGUUUCGAUUCACAUGAGAAAUACACACAUUCGAAAUCAAAUGUUACAACGCAGUAACUCCUCAUGUGAAAAACCAGUGUUGAAACCGAUACUGAAAAGACAAAGUUCCUUUUGCGAUGAUAGAAAUGGCUCCAUUUGUACAGUUAGAGAUUACGAAGCUAAACCAGUUGUAAAAAGCUUAAGACGACAAAACUCUAUGUGUGACAUAGAAACUGAACCUAAAGUUACCCCUUUGUUGCGUAGACAGAAUUCUCUCAUAGAAUAUAAUAGGAGAGGCAUCUACGGACAAACAUCAAGCUUUAAUAUGAUAACCAAAAUAGAUCCGAUUUACCAAAGACAACAACAAAAUAAACACGAACCGUUUUACCCAACCCAACCGCUACCUCCUGAACCUGUAUACCAAAGCAAAGAACACAUAGUGUAUGAUCCUAUUCCUAAGCCUAAACGAACUUACUCUUCGCUGUAUGACACUUCAAGUGAAAAUCCAUAUGCGACUAGAUCUGAAGUUUCUAAUCAAAGCUUUGAAAGCCCAUAUGGAAAUCGCGAUACAGUAGCCAUGCCUUUGAUCGAUCCCUAUGGCACGAGGGCUGAAUGUAUCCGAGAAAAUCCUUACGCGACUCGAAAUGAAGUACUUGAAAAUCCGUAUGGUACUAGGCAGGAUAUUCCUAGAAAACCUGAACCUCUAUGUAAUGAAUCACCUUACUCUAGCAAAGAGCAAAUGUUGCGACAAAGAAUGACUAAUGAAAGUCCUUACGCAACUAAAGAAGAUAUGCUCAGGCAGAGAUUCUCUGAAUCACCGUAUAAUACCAAGGAAGAAAUGUUAAAACAAAGAAUGGAUAAUUCGUAUAAUUCGAAAGAACCAAUAUACGGUAAAAGAACAUACGAACCGCCGCCUAGCACUUCUUGGUCAGACAGCACUUAUGCAAUUAGACCAGAUAGACGGUUACAUACACCUGUAAAUUUUCCUGGACGCACGUCUCCCUUGACCAAGUCUAUGAGUGAACCUCCGUAUGUAAGCAGAACAGAAAUGUUGGCAAGAAUUCAAACAGAAUCGCCAUACGCUACUCGUUCUGAAAUCAAAUCCAGUUGUUCGGAAACUAAUUAUGGCACACGAAAUGACUUAUUUGACAUUCCACAGCAAGUAAGACCGGCGUCAGCUGAGUGCACUUACGUUUCAAAACAAGAAAUACUAUCACAAAAAGCUGCUCUACUAGCCAAUAAAGAAUCUACUUAUAACAGUAAGUUAGAAGAGAAAUUGGAAAUAAUAAAGCAGAGAAAUUUGGCUAAAAAAGAAAAGAUAUAUCAAACCAGAUUAGAGGCUAAUGACAGUGAUUCAGUAAAAGGAAGAGAACCUAUGUAUGUGUCAAAAAGAGAACUAAAAGAUAGUGUUAUAUACGAAUCAAGUCAGGAAACAAAGGAAGUAAUACCUGUGACAGACAAAGACAGUGCAGGUAGUGCUAGAAGUAGUCCGUACGAGUUGAGUGAUGCUAAUCAUUUAUCGCGGAGAGAACCGGUGUAUCAAACUAAAGUAGAAGCUUUGAAUGGUACAAGUGAAAAAUUCCAAGAAAUUGAUUUUUCAAAAUUGUACCUGACUGAAUCAAAAACGGAUGCAGAAAAGGAGAAAACAAAGAAUUUGGAGGCAAAUGUAUUAAAAGGAGAAGCAGUAUAUGCUCCUCGAUUGCAUGGAAAAGCGGAACACAUUUCUAAUGCGCUGAAAAUAACAUCGUCUCCAAUUCCGUAUGAAUCAACCACUUCAAUGGAAACUCAAUAUGCAUCGGAAUGUAGCAUGAAUUUUGAAAAUAAACCUCAAAGCACGCCGUAUGCGUCCCAAGACUUACAGGAAAGAACGAAACCUAGUAGAUCGGUAACAUUCUGUGAGAAAAUUGUCGAGAAAAGUGCUGAAAACAGCCAAGAUACAUCCGAAAACACGUCGAAUAGUCGAAACGAAACUACUAUAGUGAGCAAUGAUAACACGGUUGUAAAAGUAACAACUGAAACAGCGGAAACAGAUGAAAAAACUGAGGUUAUAGAGCCCGACGCACCGCACACGACGUGGGGUAUAUUUGACAGCGAAGGAGGCAUGUUAGAGGACAGGCACUGGGGCGUAUCGCUGAUAAUACCCCCGAAAGCGAUAGCUCCGGGGAUCAAGCAAAAGAUCUACUUUACGGUGUCUGACCCGCGAUUGAGUCAGCGCGUAGGAGGACCUCCCAUCGACAUGGAUAACGGUGAAGCAAUGCUGUCCCCCCUGGUAAUGUGCGGGCCUCAAGGGCUGGUCUUCCUUCGCCCUGUGACCUUACGACUCCCGCAUUGCGCCAACGCAGUACCAUCCCUUGGUCUCACAAUCAAGGCGACGGACACGGAAGCCCAUCUCACUACAGACUGGGACCAGAUACACUUGCCCGCGACUACCACGCUCAAUACUGUGGCGGUUAAAGUUGACCACUUUUGAGGGAUUUGAUAACUAAUGAAACCUCUUCACAAUGGGCAACGUUGGGCGAGUAGAGGCGAUCAGGUAGAUGGCCUAAAUGACUAUGAUCGGCCAUCAAACGUUUAUUCACAAUCAAACAUCGACGGUCAUUUGUUGGGCCAACGCUGACCAUUGUGAAGAAGGUCCCUGAUAAGAAACAAUAAGUUCAGUUUCAAUCAGAUUAUUAUGAUUGAUUUGUUUCUAAUAAUUAACAAUAAAAUCGCUCAAAAGUGGUAUCGUAAAUUGGAAACAUUGUAAUCGUUUGAUUGUGAAAGUUGUGUGUAAUAAAGAAAAUAAUUUUAAGAAUAUGAUGUGAAUAAUGAAAUGUGAAACGUGAACGUUGAGAAUUAAAAAUUGUAAUAUCAGCACAUUUUGGAAAUGUAUAAAGAAUUUAGGACUUUUUAUCUGGUUCAUGCAAUAAUGUCAAUAGAGGUCGAUGCACCAUUUUAUUUUAAUAGACUUAAAAUAUUUGUAACGUUCGAAAUAAUAUUGUAUAAAAUUACUUGUAUGUAUCUUAUUUGUCCGGCAUUUAUUCCCACCUAUAUAAGUUUCAAUUCAAAAUAAAUCGUAAGUUAGUGGUGCUAAAGCAUAAAAAUUAUGCGUAGAAUGAACCUUACGAAUCUCUAGAGCUUAUGCGAAUUAAAUGUAAGUGUAAAGAGAACAUGCGUUGUCUCUUUCGUUCAUAUUAAAAGAAAGAGACAACAUGAUUGUUGAGAAGUUGGAGCCUUUAGUUAUUCUUUAUUUUAGGAUUUUAACAAUUAAGACAUGCCUUACCAUAACCUAGGUUAUCCUAGUUAUAAAUAAUAUUUUUUCAUUGUAAUAUUAUGUAAUCGAUGUACGUGUAUUUUAGCAAUAAUUGUUAAUUAUUAGCACAUUGAAAUUAUCACUUUUGGCUUCCGUAUAUAAAGUGUUGAAAUAUUUUUUUAUUACUAAUUGUCAUUAAUGAAUAUCACGUAAUUGCCUUAGCGGCUAGAGUCAUAUUUAAGUAUACCUUUAAUAAUAAUUAAUUAGUAAUAAUAUGAAAUCAAUUGUAUGUAAUGUUUUCUUGUUACUAGUGAUAUUAUGAAUUUACCUUUGACCCACUAUUAAAUUUUAUAUUUACUGAA